GAAGGGGGCGAAACAAUCGCUUGCGGAACGCUGGUCGAUGUCGGUGUCGACUGGUGUCGACUUGUUCGGCGGGAAACCACUGGAUAACAACUGGAAACCGGGGGUCUAAGAGCAACGCAAUCACAAAUUAGAGAUUGAUAGAACUCUUCGGUCCACGGUGACAAUAAUAAACUGCGAUCAUGUACGAAUUAACGGAAGGAGCGUUGGAGAAAAUGAUGCGGGGCAUAGAAGUCGUGAAGCCUGUACUCCAAGUAUUGGGCUACAAGAAACUGCCGGUAACCGCUAACAAGGAUGGCUCCGAUCGGUACAGACUGCUGGUGUCCGACGGACAGAAGCUGAACUCGUUCACAAUGUUGGCCACCCAGUUAAAUCACUUGAUCACCGACGACAUUUUGAAUGAAUACGCAGUCUGUAAAAUAACAAACUACCAUUUGACCACAGUGAACAACAGUGGAAGAGAAAAGCACGUGAUAUUGUUACUGGAUAUCGACGUAUUGGCUUCUGGCAGCAAAGUUGGACGCAAGAUAGGCAAUCCAACUAACAUAGAAACAAAAUCAGAGCCCGAAUCUACAUCUACGUCUGCCUCAACUACACGUUACCAAAAUGGUUCAGCAAAAACGGCUACUUCAAAUUCAGAUUAUCACGCUAAUGAUACUGUGUCCACUACACCAAUUGCGGCAUUAAGUCCAUAUCAGAACAGGUGGGUGAUCAAGGUUCGCGUGACCAGCAAGUCUCAGAUCAAAACGUGGAGCAACUCCCGCGGCGAGGGCAAGCUCUUCUCCAUGGACCUGAUCGACGAAAGUGGCGAAAUUCGCUGCACCGCGUUCAGAGAUAUGGUCGACAAGUUCUACGACAUGAUAGAGUCUGGAAAUGUGUACUAUAUCUCGCGGUGCCUGCUGAAGGCGGCGAACAAACAGUUUAAUACAUUGAAGAACGAUUACGAGAUGACGAUGACCGGCGAUACAGAGAUCGUGCCUUGCCACGAGAACAGCGAUGACAUCCCGACGUUGCAGUUUAACUUCUGUCCCAUAAGCGAGGUGGAGAACAAAGAGAAGAAUGAUCUAAUGGAUGUUUUGGGUGUCGUUAAAACUGUCGGCGAUGUACAACACUUUGUACAGCGAACUACCGGCAGAGACCUCGUGAAGAGGGACGUUAAUAUCGUCGAUGACAGCGGCACGAUGGUAUGCGUUACGAUGUGGGGAAAGCAAGCCGAGGACUUCGAUGGCUCUAAUACCGAGGCUCCAAUAAUCUUAGCCAUUAAGGGAGCGCGCGUGGGCGAAUUCAAUGGGGGAAAGAACUUGUCCCUUUUACAAUCCUCUGUAGUUGAACAGGAUCCUGAUCGUCCUGAAGCACACAGAUUGCGCGGAUGGUACACUGCAGGCGGUCAUUCGGAGACCGCGAAAUCAUUGUCUAGAACACUUGGAGGCGGUGGUGAUUUCAACGCGCCGCUGUACACUUUCCAAGAGGCGACCGAAGCUCGAUUGGGGGAGAAAACGAAUCUUCCAGAUUCAUUUACGGUGGUGGCGACUAUUAACAUGAUUCGCGUGGAAAAUGCUAUCUACAAGUCAUGCCCAGUGGAAAGUUGCAAGAAGAAGUUGAUCGAUCAAUCUACCGGGGUCUUUAGAUGCGAGAAAUGUAACAAGGAUUAUCCAAAUUUCUCGUAUCGCUUGCUGGCGAGUAUGAAUAUAGUGGAUGCAACAGGCAGUCGCUGGAUAACUGCCUUCAGUGAGCAAGCUGAAAAGAUAUUGGGGAUGUCGGCGCAAGAGUUGGGGGAAUUGAAGGAGAACGAUAACGAGGCCUUUUUGCAGAAAUUCGGCGAGGCGAGCUUCAAGAGGUUCACGUUUAGCUUGAGGGCAAAAUCGGAAUUUUUCCAGGAUGAAAUGAGAAUAAGACAUACCUGUACGUCAGUCGCGCCUGUAAAUUACAAGACUUACCUGGCCCAUCUAACAGAGAAAGUCUCCAAGCUGGCGCACAUUGAGAAGUUGGAUUCCAAUUAAAUUUCACAUAUUUCGCGUUUAAAGAGAAAGAGAUGUUUAUGUUUAAAGCCAUAAAGUUUGCGCAUUAAGUACAAUCUAUUUUUUUACGUUUUUCUCGAAGUUCUUUCUGUUUGUUUCUAUCAUUCGAUGAAAUUUAAUUAUUUUUUCAUG